GUGACAGGGAGUAGUGGGAUAUACAUGGCGAAAAAUGAAAAGGUCGAGUCCAUGUCAUUCACAUUCCUACUUCUGAAUAUUUUAGUCAUCGUGUGUGCCCUCUUCUCCAUGGUCCUAUCCGCCAUCGGUGCUUACUGGGAGGCUACUAUCGCUAUAUUGUACGAGAGUGGUGGGCUUGUUUUGUAUAUCCUUGUCGAACUGGCGGGACUGGUGGUGCUGAUAAUCUCCGGCAUCGCGGCUUGUAUGUAUUGGUGCGGAGUAGGUGAACGCCAGAUGUUAAUGAACCAACAACAGCAACACUUGAAAGCGAAAAUGUCCGGAUUUAGCCGAGUGGUUCCUCCACGCGCUCAACCAGCUGCCUUCUAUGUUCAAGGGCAAGUACAAGUAACGGUGCCGCCAGGCACAAAGUUGACGGGACAGGACAACGGAUCAAGUGACAUCCCCGUCGGCGGCAACCAGGUUCCGCCCGAGUACAUUUCUUUACAAAACCCACCGGAAUAUAAGAAAGCGCCUCAAGCUGAAGAGGGUGUGUGACGCUAUCAUAUACUGCAGAGAUGGUCCGCUUAGAGAUCGCUCAAUGUGACCCAAUUUAUAGGACCUAAAAUAACCUAAACUCACGUGUUUGCUUUGUAUAUUCGCAAUAAUUAUGUUUUACCAGUUUCAUUCUUGUAAAUAACUGGUGACUUAUAACACAAUUCAUAUUGCAUUCGACGACAGUGAAAUGAAAUGGAACAUACAAUGAUGGUAUAAGGACCAAUCGCAUAGAACCGGCAUUGGCUUUAUGUUGUGUCCCUUCAAGAUGGUACUAGGCAUGUCAACGCAACGUUUAUGGGUAUAAUCCAUUUCAAACAAUGACCAUGAUACACUGGACCAUGAUACACUGGACCAUCAUACUGGCAUUCCUCGUUUAAAACAGGGUAGUUGUUGUUACAUAUUAUAAUUACGACCAAAUAUUUCGGAUGACGGUAACGAUUUUGUCUCUAUCAUACUUGAAUAAACCCGUUUAA